CUCUAUAUGUGUAUUUACCACUUUUCCUCAAUCAUAUUCUGCUAAGUUUCGCAUUAAUUAGGCAAGUCAUAUGAUCAUGGCUGCAUCUUCGAUAAACGAAGAACAAGAUUACUGGAAUUCGAUUCCUAGAGGUUUUCAUUUUGAACCACUAGAUGAAGAAUUGAUUACUCAUUACCUAAUGCCUAAAGUUAAAGGCCACCCAUUGCCGCCAAAUAAAAUACACACCGUUCACCUGUACGGAGAACACGAUCCCUGGGUGCUUGGAGAGUUUUACGCAGAAGAAAGUGAAAAUACCUGGUAUUACUUUACACAACGAGAAAGGAAAUAUGAAAAUGGAAAGAGGCCAAGUAGAUCAGCAGGUAAUGGUUAUUGGAAGAUCGUUGGAAAGGAUGCACAAAUCAAGAAUACACAAGGAAAUGUUAUUGGUUUUAGGAAUUCUUUAACAUUCUGUAUUGGGAAACAACCUCAUGGUAAGACAACAUCUUGGCAUAUGCAAGAGUUUAGACUGUGUGAUACUUCAGAUCAACAAGAUAAGAUCGUAGUGACGAAGCCGAAACCGAAAAAACCUAAAAGAGAUGCUAGCCAUAGUAAUGAAACCGUCAAGUCCAGUCCCAAAAAUAUGUUGGAUGGUUGGGUGGUAUGCAAAGUUUAUUACCUGGAAAAAGAUAAGAGGAGUACGAAUUCGAGCCCGGUUAUUGAAGAGGAGCACCAAGGGGUACAAAUUUCAAGUGAAGAACAUACUCAAUAUAAUGAAGAAACUCCCGAAUUAAACCAUGAAAUUGAAGAUACAAUUACAAGUUAUUUUCCCACUAGUAUAAGCAACCAAAACAAUAUGUUUCUCCAACAACCAGACAUAUCGCAGGUAACACCUUUUAAUUUGAUAAAUGAACAAGAUAUGUCAUAUGUGUGUGGGUACAUUGUUAAGUCCGAGACUGGAAGAAAUUCCCAGGCAAAACAUUCAACAACCAGAAUUAACAAAUUUGGCUAGUAAUUAUACGGCGUUGUUAAGUUCGACACUCGAGUAUCUUCAUGAAGAUGAAGAUGAAGAUGAAUCUGCAUUCGGAAAGUUUUUUUGAUGAAAUUUUCCAAUCCGGUCAAAUUUGUGUAUGGUUUUGAUGAACUCUCUGCCAUUUUUAAGAAGAAUUAAUAAGUAUUGUUGAAGUUUAUGACUAUCCGACCACACCACCCGAUUCUGAUAGCGGAACUAGGGGUGAAAGUUUGGUAGAAAAAAAUCGAAAACGGAACAGUACCAAAU